AUGCAGCUGUCCCUCGGCCUCCUCGCCCUGUGGGCUUCCACGUCCCUAGGACAGUCGAUGCAGGAGUGCACACGAGAGCUCGCCAGGACAGAUGAAUGCGCCGAUGUUAUCAACCCUAAUGCGUGCUACAACAUGUACCGGUUCAACAGCGCGCGAACAUUGUCAUGUAUCGAAGGCAAGGAUGAUGCCGAAAGAAAGAGAAAGGUAGACUUGGCCCAAAGAUUUGAUGUGUUGACCUCAAGGUGCUGA